ACGUGUUCCCUUCCGUCUAGUGCCGUUGCCAUCAUCCGUCGCAUGGCUGACAUCUUUCGCAAGCUCCCGCUGCUGCUUCUCGCCGUCUUCCUACUGGUCGUCGUCGUACUGUUGCACGUGUGUUUUGUCGGGAACGUGCCGCGGCGUCGACGCAGACGAACUUCGCCGAUGAAGGCCGUCAGGACGAAUAGUGGACAGGGCUCCCCCAGGGGAGGAGGGGAGCAGGUUGUGAGCAGGCGUGCCAUUGGGAGUUCUUCUCCGGCUUGCAGGUUGUCGUUGGGGGUUGGUAAUUCAUCACUGCCGCGGCAUUUGCAACCCCUCCCUGACUCAUCUGAUGAGGAGGAGAGGGAGGGACGGGCACACACUGUUCCGUUGGGUAGUGGUUCUACGCAGGAAUGGUCUUGGACGGAGCUGUGCGGCGGCAGUGGCGGCGUGCACGGCCAGUCCUUCACUGAACUGCUGGUGCCUGGUCUCGACGGGGAAGAAGGGCAUGGCGGAUCGAACCUGUCUUCCGGUCUGUCUACAGGGAGGUGUGGAAGCCAGUCGCGCACAGUGAUCGUCAAUCCCCAUGUCGGCGACGACGGCGGGCAGUUAACCGCUGUGGACCGAUCAUUGAAAUCCGCAUGCGCGCAGAAGUGGCAGGGACGAGCGACUUCAAUCUCCAGGAGCAGGCAAGGUCGUUCGUCGUUUUUGCAGUCCCUGGCUCCGGUGUCUGCUGCGUCCAACCUGGGACAUCGACAUGGCAUUGUCGAGGAGGGGGGGGUGUACUUGGACAACAUCGUUGACGACCGCGACGGGAGGUUAGUGUGGGCGGAGGAGCGACGGAAGAUCAGGGAGGGGCGAGAGGAAGCAAUCAGGAGGGGGGUGGAGCGGCUGAGGAUGGACAGGCAGGCGGAAAAAGUUGAGGAGCCACAUGUGGGGCUUCCGUCCGAAGACGACGACGACAGCGCCAGAGAGGCGGGAGACGGGAACGGCGGUUAUGCCUCGCCAUCGCAGAACAGCGACGGGGGGGGAAGGGCGGCAAGACGAAGGCGACGAGCGGGAACGAUCGUGGGCGGCCGAAGAAAGCGCAAGCAAAGGCGAACGACGGAGAAGGCAACGGCGACGCAGAGGAGAAGCGAAACUUUUGGAGUGUCGAACAUAUCAUCGCGCUCAUAUGGGCGAAACACGAUCAGGAUGCGCACUUGCAGGGAUGGGGCAUGCCUAUGCCCAGAUGAAGCCGAGCGAGUGGAAAUGGAAUGACGUCGCCAAAAGAUUGAAGAACAGGAAGCCGGAGAAAUGCGGGAAGAAGUGGGACAACCUCAUGCAGCGAUUCAAGAAAGUUC